UCCCUUGAGGACUUCUGUGCCUUGCCAUGGGAGAUGGCCCGCUGUACCUCUACCGAGAAUCCAUCGAGUGAGGCUCUCUCUUUGAUGGAUUUUGAGGAAAAACGGACAGCAUUGCACAGGUUUGAUAGUAGUCUGGGUGAAGCCGGUGGAAGGAGUUGUGGCUCGACUUCGACACGAACGGCAAAGGACCCUUCCUCCAAGACGACAACUACUUUGAUCACCCCGAGCUCCCUGACGCGGUCCAAUGCAGACUACUACUUCACGUCCUAUAGUAGACCCGGAAUUCACAAGGACAUGCUGGAAGACGAGGUGCGAACCCAAGGCUAUAGACGGGCUAUCUUGAAGAACAGGCACCUUUUCAAGGACAAGAUCGUCUUGGACAUUGGAUCUGGGACGGGGAUUUUGUCCCUGUUAGCAGUCCAAGCAGGUGCGAAGAAGGUUUACGCGUGCGAAUAUUCGAACAUCAUGGACGUGGCGAAGGAAGUGGCGGAGUUGAACUCAAGAACGGAAAGCUCUGAUGAAACCGCAAAGAGCUACAAAGACCGAAUCCAGUUCUUCAACUGUCGAGCAGAGGACUUGCCGAUUGAGAAGAACUCGGUGGAUAUCUUGCUAUCAGAAUGGAUGGGCUAUUUGCUGCUGUAUGAGGGCAUGGCGGAUACGAUUCUGUAUUGUCGAGACCACUACCUGAAGAAACGGAUCGUAGCAUCAGAGCCAAAGGGUGAUGCUCCUUCGGCAGUUUCUCAACAAGAGGACGCUGCAUCUCCCACGACGACCACGAGAGUCACAUUUCCAGAUGGAGCGCCACAACAAAACGAAGAGCGAACCACGAUAGGUGGCUCUGAAGCAAACCGAACAAAAGAAGAACAAGUUCUAGAACAAGAAGCCGGCUUAAUCUUCCCUGACCGUUGUGCUAUCUACCUAGCGGGAGUCGACGAUUUCGCGAGACGAGAGGAGAAAUUACUGCGUUGGACUGAGAAGCGAACCUCUUGGUCGCGGUAUGAUUUUUCGGCUAUUGGCGAACUAGUCCUCAAAGAUGGCAUCGUGUGCGACGUAACCCGAAGUUCACUCUCUACCACACCUGUGCGCGUCAUAGAUAUCGAUUUAAACACCAUCUCUGCAGAGGAGCUGGAUUUCGAAACCGAGUUUGAGCUCUUUCCAUUGGUGAACAAGAUGAAGAAAAGUGGACGAGGUGCUUCUACCCUUAAUAAUAAGGGGAACGCUUCUUCUUCUUCUACGGUCGAAGUGGAUGAACUACAUUCAGAAGAACAAACUUCUUCUCUACCUCUAGACCAACAACAACAACGACAACAGCAUCAAUUUGCGAAAGUUAGUAGUUUCUGUGCCUGGUUCAGUGUUACUUUUUCCUGUGGCAUUUCGCAGAGCGUCUUUGGGGCGGGGGAGUGUGUGGAAGCUGCGUUUUUACACGGUGCGUCGACGGAUCAUGGAUUGCAGGUGAACGGUGAGGAUGUUGCUUUGGGACCCCAAGGAGAUGGCCAUCUUAAUGGAGUAGAAGGUGUUGACGAGUCACCAACAUGUAGUUUGAGUGCAACAUCAAACAAGGACACAUACAUCUUCAAAGGUGAGAAAACUCCAUCCGGGUGUCAGAACAAUACAAGAACGCGUGGUAUUAUUAAGCGAAGCAGUGGUGACUCGUCUGAAGAUGUUUUAUCCGAUGAGUCUUCUGACUUGCUUAGCGACCUCGAAGGAGGUCGUGAGAAAAGCACAAUGUUGAAGAGGCGAAGAAUUGAGGAUCCAUCAUCGCUCACAAGAAGUCGUUUGACCUCUGAGAGCAACAAAUCAGUUCAUGUAGAGGUCCUGAACACGUCUCCCGCCACACCUCUUACACAUUGGAAGAUGUGCGUUUUUCUGUUGAGAAACGAACUGACUCUCAGAGGCGCAGGAAGUUCUCUACGUGGGAAGUUUUCUUUGUGCAAAGCCAAGGGGAAUGUGAGGGACUUGGAUAUGCGGAUAUCUUGCAGGGUUCUUUCUGAAGAGGAGAGCAAACAAGGGAUCUCUGACCAUGAUUUGGAGAAAGGCAUCAAAGAUGCCAAUGCACAUCAUCAAAUAGUUGAUCAAACCUUUCAUUUGCGAUAGUUUUGUAGUUUCAAACGUCCUUAUCUAUUGCACAUUGAAGGUGAUCUCAUCAUGGCUUUACAAUCAUCCUGCUCAGCGCGGAUGUAAAGGCCCAGCAUGGAG